CUAUGAUGAUCACCGAAAUGCCCGAACAGCCAACUACCAUCCAACAAAGAAGCAAUGAUGGCUGGGCAUUCCUCUCACGCUCUCUCUUACCGCCAUGAACAAUGAUGACCAGCCCUCGAGAUCUCCCCCCGCCUUGCCUCCAGGAGCUAUGGCCCCGACUCCAAGAAUAGAGAAUCCACGCGACGACAGCCCGCCAGCGACACCUUCUCAUCGGUUACUUGGGUCUGAAGAGCCUCAGUAUGCUACAUAUAGAGAAAAGUCGGCCUCGUGGACGAACACGGCUGUUAAACUCACAGACGAGUCUGGCAUUGUUACUAAACCAUGGAUACCCUACCCACUAAGACCCUGGUUCUGGAUACCUUUUGUUCUCUUGAUGAUAUUAGGCGCCAUUGGCUUAGAAGUCGCCCUUCAUUUCAGUAACAAGAACUCUGGAUGGGCCACGAAUGAUGCUUUCAGUAGUCAGACUGGCGUUCUGCACUACGUCUAUACCCUGCCUCCCGUCGCCGUUGCCGCUGUCAUUGUCGCCCUAUGGACAUGGACAGAUAUCGAAAUCAAAAAGAUGCAACCUUAUGUCGACCUCGUUCAUGGUGAUUCCCCACCUAAGCGGAGUCUCUUGUUAGACUAUACCCGAACAAACAACUUUUUCGUAUGGUCGCGUGCAGCGGCCAAUAAACACUAUCUCGUCGCUCUCGCGUCUCUUAUGGUGCUGCUAUCCCUUACUUUCCAACCCUUAGCAGCUGCGUUGUUGGUAGUUCGCGAUACUUGGUGGGGAUUGCCAGAUACUACCGUGAAUACCCUGGCUGCCAUCGGAUUGAACCAGAAUCAGAACUUUGAUGAUUUGACUUCGUUUUUGACGGCAGCGGGAUUCGCGUCCGCUUCCGUGCUAUAUAACCUGGGCAACUCGCCGUUUGUCUUUGAUGGAUAUACCGUUGCUCCGUUUCAGCUGCCCAAUGAUGUUCCUGUCAACAGUACCAUGAUUUACGCAAACACUACAGCGCUCAGAAGCGAUCCCGGCUGUCAGGCUGUAUCCGUUAAUAUGGCCCAAAAUACGGAUGGUAGUGGAUGGAACAAUUCUGUAAGCUCGAACGGAUGUAGCAUAUCGUUUGCCAUUGACCGUAAUGCGACGAACCUGUUCGGCACUGAUAUACCGACGUGUGAUUCCGAUGUUCCCCCGCAAUUCAGUCCAGUGAUUUUCUGGUUCUUCACAUAUGAACCCCAGGCCGCAGCGUCUGCUGCACUCUGCUUCCCUUCAAUCACACUCUGGGACGUAAAUGUCAACCUCGACUUAGCCAGUGGGAAUAUUACCCAAGUAACGGAAUUACGUCCCUUCUCUUCUUCGUCCAAUUUCUCGUCGUUAUCUGCGAACGUGACCGGUCCACCUUUAAACGGGCGAGCGUAUAAUGGGAUUGAGUUUAAUUUGACGAAUCCAGAUAGGUUCGUGCUUGCCAGGAAAAAUGCAACGCAGCUGCAGAUGCCGGCUGCGGUGUUUCAGGCUGCUGUCCAGAGUCCAGAGGGCUUGAUCGGCUCAUUCCAGGCUAAUACGUUCGCGAGGCUGUCCUCCAAUGUUUAUAGGACGUAUUUGACGCUCAUCGCAAAGACUGUAUAUUUCCUAGACAACAGUGAACCGAUAACGAUUCAGAUGAAGACAGUGCAGAAGCGGAUUUGGCUGAGUGAUGUCGCUGUCCAUCUGCUAGCAGUUGCGAUGUUCCUGCUUGCAUUUUUCGCGACAAUUAUCCAACUCUUUCAUCGUUACGACCGACGCAGCCUCCGGCUCCUUCAUGAGCCGGGGACAAUUGCUUCGGCUGUGAGUAUUGGUGCUCAGACUGGGAUGGGUGAUCUCCUUGCUGGUCGACAGCAUCCCAAAGACAUAUCGGCAGCUCUGCAGGAUAAGAAAUUCAGAAUUGACCCAAAGACAAUGAAGAUCGUGAUGGAGGGGGAAGAUGGAUAUGAGUUUGCGGCUAGUCCCGGCAUCAUGGACAGACGUCGGUCUAUAUUUGCUGCGCUACAGAGUCAGCGAAUUAGUAGGAGGUUCUCGUCGAAAACUCCAAUUAGUCCGACGACACCCAAAGAACCAUUACCGUAAUGGAAGGUUUCUGUAGAUUAUGUUGUUUAGGCUUGGUUUAGGCCAAGAAAUUAAUAUGAUUAGGUUUAACCCCAGUGUGAUUACACAAUGUGGGGUAAGG